GGCCGGAAGAGUGAGUGAUUUCAGCACGAACUCCCCAGCGUCCCCACCGCCUUCCCAGCCCCCAGAGCCAGCGCAUCUCGGCACAGAGCGGACAACGACAGGGCCGGAGUCCCCAGCAGCUUUUGCCGCUGACGAAGCCCGGGCACCAUGAAUGCAAGCGACUUCCGCCGGCGGGGGAAGGAGAUGGUGGAUUACAUGGCUGACUACCUGGAGGGCAUCGAGGGUCGCCAGGUGUAUCCCGACGUGCAGCCCGGCUACCUGCGCCCCCUGAUCCCCGCCACCGCCCCCCAGGAGCCAGACACGUUUGAGGACAUCCUUCAGGACGUUGAGAAGAUAAUCAUGCCGGGGGUGACCCACUGGCACAGCCCCUACUUCUUCGCCUACUUCCCCACGGCCAGCUCGUACCCGGCCAUGCUCGCCGACAUGCUGUGUGGGGCCAUUGGCUGCAUCGGCUUCUCCUGGGCUGCCAGCCCGGCGUGCACGGAGCUGGAGACAGUGAUGAUGGACUGGCUGGGGAAGAUGCUGCAGCUGCCUGAGGCGUUUCUGGCUGGAGAGGCCGGAGAAGGCGGCGGGGUGAUCCAGGGAAGUGCCAGUGAAGCUACCUUGGUGGCCCUGCUGGCCGCUCGGACCAAAGUGACGCGACGCCUGCAGGCCGCCUCCCCGGGGCUGACCCAAGCGGCCGUCUUGGAGAAGCUGGUGGCCUAUGCAUCCGACCAGGCACACUCCUCGGUGGAAAGAGCCGGCUUGAUUGGUGGCGUGAAAUUAAAAGCAAUCCCUUCGGAUGGCAAGUUUGCCAUGCGAGCUUCUGCCCUGCAGGAGGCCCUGGAGAGAGACAAAGCUGCCGGCCUGAUUCCUUUCUUCGUGGUGGCUACGCUGGGGACCACAUCGUGCUGCUCCUUUGACAAUCUCUUAGAAGUGGGACCCAUCUGUCACGAAGAGGACAUGUGGCUGCACAUGGACGCUGCCUACGCAGGCAGUGCCUUCAUCUGCCCUGAGUUCCGGCACCUGCUGAAUGGAGUGGAGUUUGCAGAUUCAUUUAACUUUAAUCCCCACAAAUGGCUCUUGGUGAAUUUUGACUGCUCGGCUAUGUGGGUGAAAAGGAGAACGGACCUGACUGGAGCCUUCAAAUUGGACCCCGUGUACUUAAAACACAGCCACCAGGACUCGGGGCUUAUCACGGACUACAGGCACUGGCAGCUGCCACUGGGUCGGCGAUUCCGGUCCCUGAAAAUGUGGUUUGUUUUCAGGAUGUACGGAGUCAAGGGACUGCAGGCCUAUAUCCGCAAGCACGUGCAGCUGUCUCAUGAGUUUGAGGCGUUUGUGCUUCAGGAUCCCCGCUUUGAAGUCUGUGCCGAAGUCACCCUGGGGCUGGUGUGUUUCCGGCUAAAGGGCUCCGACAGACUGAAUGAAGCGCUUCUGGAAAGGAUAAACAGCGCCAGGAAAAUCCACUUGGUUCCCUGUCGCCUGAGGGGCCAGUUCGUGCUGCGGUUCGCCAUCUGCUCGCGCACGGUGGAGUCGGGCCACGUGCGGCUGGCCUGGGAGCACAUCCGAGGGCUGGCGGCCGAGCUGCUGGGCGCGGAGGAGGGAAAGGCAGAGAUCAAAAGUUGAAGUGCCCUGAAGAGCAGAAUCGGAGGAGACGCGUCGUCCCCGCUCCGAGGCGUAGAGCCUGCAGCGGUCCCCCCACUUCUUUAGCCCACGUUCUCCAGAAAGAAGCUUGUGCCUAUGUCUGACCAGCCUCUCAGCAAUGAAGAAGUAUUAUUUGCUCUUUGAAAAGUUAAUCCCAGUGGAGACAGCUUUUACUCUUUAUUUGGCUGUGAUUGUUUGUUGAUUAAAACAUCAGAGGUUUCUGCAUCCUUGAAGUUGUCAGCGGUGGUCCACUUUCCGGGGCAGCCUAUGCUGAUGGGAUUUGAGAUGAUACCGUGGUCUUUCAAUUACUCUGUCCUGUGGCUUAAUGCUUAAUAAAUGACGUGAAGUGUAA